ACGUUUUUUGCCAUGAAUUUUGCGAACAUCAUGAAUUGUUAUGGAAUAUGGAAGGGACUUGCGUUGAUUUAUUAAUUAGAAUAUAGAAAGAGGAUAAAAGUGAUAAGUAACAGUAAUUGGUAUCGUUUAUAAAAUGAACGUCACACUCACGAGUUUGGAGGCUUUAAUCUUAAAAGCAACACACGAAUCGCUGGCCCAGCCCGAUGUGCCAGCGUUGGAGGCGUUCUGCGCUGUUAUGCGUGACUCUACUGACGGGCCUCAGCUCGCGGCUCAGGCUCUAGCGGCUCGCAUUCAUUCCCUAAACGCACGAGAGGCACUCUUGGCUUUGAUGAUGUUAGACCGUUGUAUGCGCCGCUGUGAUGCUAAUUUUCACGCUGAAGUGGGCAAAUUUCGAUUCCUGAAUGAGAUGAUAAAACUGGUAUCCCCUAAAUACUUUGCAGAUAGAACCGCGCCUGAAGUAAGGACAAGGGUCCUACAAUUGCUACAUGCUUGGUCUAUAGAAUACCCAAAAGAAACAAAGUUCAAGGUUGCAUUUGAUAUGUUGAAAAAUCAAGGUGUCAUAAAGGAAACCCCACCACCUUUACCUCCCGAGGACAACAGCGUUAAUGCUCAUCCAAGAGCUAAAAAUGCCAUAUUUGAAGAUGAAGAGAAAUCCAAACUGUUACAAAAACUACUGCAAAGUAAAAAGCCUGAAGAUCUCCAACAUGCAAAUAGGUUGAUUAAAACAAUGGUGCGAGAAGAGGAGAGGCGCAGCGAGGCCAGCAGCCGGCGCGCGGCUGAGGUGAGCGCGGCGCUGGACAGCGCGGGGCUGCUGCGCGACAUGCUGCGUCACGCGCAGGACGCGUCGGCGGACGAGGAGCAGCUCAUCCACGAGCUGCACUCCCGCUGCGCGCGCCUGCGCCCCGCGCUGCAGCGCCUCGCUGCCACCGACACGCACACUGACAACUUGAGUGACAUAUUACACGCAAACGACGUACUAGACGAAGUGUUCGACAAGUAUAACAAGUUCGUUACUGAAAAGAGGUACAAGCCAAAGGAAUCUGAGAGAGAGGCGCACGGGUCAAAUAGUCAUAGUUUGUUAGACUUCGCGGGGGCCAAUGCCCACAGGAGCGAAGAGCCAAAGAAUAAAUCGAAUAAUGCAAUUGACGAAUUGGGAGACAUAUUUUCUAAUGAUAGCAGUGCAAAUAAUACUGCAGAGUUACUUAAGCCUGUUAAUUUAAUGUCUUCUGAUGAUGCAGAAUUAUUAGGAGAAAAGGAAAAGAAAGUGGAAGGUUGGAAUGAACUGGAUUCACUCGGGGAGAAAUUGUUAAAAGAAUCGCUACCUGAUAGUGCGCGACGCCUAGAUAAUUUUAAUAGUAAGCAUACAAAGAAAAUCCCAAUGAACGCCUUAGAAAAGCAGUCACCGAAACACGAAACACAAGUCGCGAACACAGCGUUACUAGAUCUGGAUUUCUUCACCAAAAAGCCCGAAGAACAAAAACUGUCUACCCCUGCACAUUCCUCCAAGUCAAUUACCCCUAACGAUGACGUCAUGGUUGACAUAAGCUCGGAUGACGCACCUACUAAUCUAAAUGAUAAUUUUAACCUAAGCACGGACAGUCCGUUAGAUAGUAUAUUAGAUAUAGGACAACCUUUAGAAGACAAUGCCAAAACGGAAACACUAGUAGAUAGCAAGAGUAAUGGGAACGAAGAAAGGAAUAAAACGAAGAGUAAAUGCAAUGUAAAGCCGUUGACAGAUAUUAAUGUGACGUUGCAAAGUGUUCAUCCAAGCAAGGUGCCUCCCUUAACAGUGUACGAAGAGGAGGACGGAUUGACGGUGGUGCUGCACUUCUGCAAGGACAAGCCGCGGCCCGACGUGUAUGUCAUAGUGGUGUCCACGACUAGCAAAAACAGAUCCGCCAUUGAGGACUACAAGUUUCAGGCGGUUGUUCCUAAGGGUUACAAGGUCCGCCUGCUGACGCCUUCGGGCAGCACGCUCCCGGCCUACAACCCGUUCCUGCCGCCGCCCGCCGUCACGCAGCUGCUGUUGCUGGGCGCGCCGCGCGCCGCGCCGCCCGCGCCGCCGCCCGGCCUCAAGUUCGUGCUCAGCUACACCUGCGACGACGACGCCUGCACCGAAGUGGGGGAAGUCGCCAACUUGCCCCUCACGCAUAUAGACUAGCGGGAUUACUAAGGCUGCAUCUAUGCUUGCCGAGCGAAGCUUGAGCGAAAACUUUCCAAACGCGGUGUCAAGUAUGGACUGAUGAAGCGAGAGGUCCGGCGCGUGGUAUCCGACCUCUCGCUUUCGCUCGGCAAUCGAAGUGGGAUAGCGAGCGAAUGACCACAACAAACAUGUUGGUGAACCUCUGUCCUACGUAUUAGUAUUCCUUUGUGUUCGAAAAACGACAAUUGGCGAAGCGCACGCUGAACGUUCGGGGCGUGCUCUAAACGUGGACGGUCUCUUUAUUUAUUACUAGAUGAUGCCCGCGACUUCGUCCGCGUGGAUUUAGUUUUUUUUAAUCCCGUGGGAUCUCUUUGAUUUUCCGAGAUAAAAAGUAGGCUAUGUAAACUAACUCUGUACCGAAUUUCAUCAAAAUCGGUCAAACUGUGAAAAGCUAACAGACAGACAGACACAUUUUUCGCAUAUAUAAUUUUAAGUAUGACUCUGUUUAUCACAUGCCCCAUACCCCGCUCAUGCUCGGCUCGCCAAGCGUAGACGCUGCUUUAGUAACUUCGAUAAAUUAAAAGAUGAGCUUACGGGCUUUAAAAUAGUGUCAGUGAAAUAUCUUUGUUUAAAUGGGAUUCAAAGGGAGAAUUAUUUUGCCGUUCUUUAUCUAAAAAACGACUUACUCCAAAAAGUAGUUUGUUAGUCAUCGCCAAAAAACAUGGGGAUUUUCAAAAAAAUUUAGUGAAUUUUUUAUUUAGAAAAAUCCGAUCUACUAAAUUUCUAUGGUUUCUGAUGAUAACUCACAAACUACUUUGUGGAGUUAGCCGCUGUUUAGCAAGAAGGAAGCAGUACUUAUCAUUUGGCGAUUUAUACUUUAACAUGAUCUGAAUAAGGUAAGUUUUACAAUGCAAUGUUUAAGCACUUACGACUUAUUUUUUUUUUAGUUCUGGAUUAAACGAAAUAAACUUAAAGCGAACUCUUUUCUGUCUUUUUUUAUAUGACUACGUAUCUGUACGUGGCAUUAGGCACAUAAUGCGUCUGAACUAACAAAGCGAAAAAGUUACUUCCAUAUCAUGCUAUUUGUAAUCUUUGCUAGAUAGUAGAAAUUAUAUGUUUAUUUUAUAGAA